AUGCUGAACACCAAGCCAGUGGGUACAGGCCACAGGCUGAACACCAAGCCAGAGGGUACAGGCCACAGGCUGAACACCAAGCCAGAGGGUACAGGCCACAUGCUGAACACCAAGCCAGAGGGUACAGGCCACAGGCUGAACACCAAGCCAGAGGGUACAGGCCACAGGCUGAACACCAAGCCAGAGGGUACAGGCCACAUGCUGAACACCAAGCCAGUGGGUACAGGCCACAGGCUGAACACCAAGCCAGAGGGUACAGGCCACAGGCUGAACACCAAGCCAGAGGGUACAGGCCACAGGCUGAACACCAAGCCAGAGGGUACAGGCCACAGGCUGAACACCAAGCCAGAGGGUACAGGCCACAUGCUGAACACCAAGUCAGUGGGUACAGGCUACAGGUUGAACACCAAGCCAGUGGGUACAGGCCACAGGCUGAACACCAAGCCAGAGGGUACAGGCUACAGGCUGAACACCAAGCCAGAGGGUACAGGUCACAGGCUGAACACCAAGCCAGAGGGUACAGGCUACAGGCUGAACACCAAGCCAGAGGGUACAGGUCACAUGCUGAACACCAAGCCAGAGGGUACAGGCCACAUGCUGAACACCAAGCCAGAGGGUACAGGCCACAGGCUGAACACCAAGCCAGAGAGUACAGGCCACAUGCUGAACACCAAGCCAGUGGGUACAAGCCAGAGGAGAAAUACACAACAAGCAGGUUAUCAUCCCUUUGGGGGACUUUGUAUUUUACUGAACACUUGGUUGACCUCGACCAAAUAUACUUUAUAA